CCAGUGACAGUGGGUGCUGUUUUACUAUGAUUUAUCUGUAUCUGAUGUUCCUGUGCAGUUGGUACAGAUGAUCGUAUUCAUGUCGCUGACUGCGAGUUUUUUUGGUUAGACGACUUACUGAAAAUGGCAAAAGAGUUGGAGGUGUACCUCAAACCAGGUGCUGAGCAAGCACUAGAGGACUUCAAGCAAUCACGCAAGAAAUAUGUUAAUUACAAUAUCGACCAUAUAGCGGUCUGUAGCGCUUGGGCUAAUGAGGACGGUAGACGUCAAUUGUCGCGUGCCCGUGGGCUCCGUAUCCAAAAUACAAAGCUGUUUGAAGCUAGACUGGUCGAUCUCGGCCAUAAUGCUAAAGAUGUGGAACGCAUGUUCGAGCGUCAUCACUAUGGCGUGCUAGAUAAGGAGCUUACCGAUGCACGCUGGAAGCGUUUGAUCCCAAAAGUCGAGCGUAAGCUUGCCGAAUUGCAGGAAGAAUGGUGCCGCGCGAACCAAAGAAAAGUAUCGUCUGCCCGGGAGUUUUGCCUGUUGGCUAUGUACCAGGAAUACGUGCAGCCCUUGUCACACGCUAUCAUACCUCCUCCCCAAGAUUUCUUGAAGCUCUGUGAUGUUGCGGAAUUUAUCGAAAGCCCACCCACUGGGGACGAAGAAAGCGAUAUUCAACCUUGUUAUGCUUUCGCGGAAAGAUUUCCCGAGUUUUGUGCUGAAUAUGUGCAUAAGAGGAAGCUCGAGCUGACACGACUACUUACCCUCUCCAAUGAUGUACUGCAGGAUACUGCGAUGCUACAAAACCGAAGGAUCGAUGCCCCUGCUGAUACGUUACUGCGGCUGGCGACCUCCGUUUUCCAAUGCACUCGCCUGGGCUCCUUCCCACUGAUUACGUGGGACAAGGUGCAGUAUCACAGACAGUCUUCUCACAAUCAAGACGUGGCCCGAAAUUAUGCAAGAUCGGCGUCGAUAUCAUCUUGCACAUUUUCGAUCUCCCACCGUGGGGUUGCCGCUGCACGUUCUUUAUUGGGCUUAGUCGGUCUCAAUGCCCAAACUACGACUGCAACCACAAUGGACAAUCUCCAGUGUCGCUUUUUCUGCUCCAACUGUCCACCCAAGCCAGAGAACGGAGGAUCAUACCGGAUGGCAAUGAACUGGCGUCAGGGCGUCUUUCAUUACGUCGAGUACCAAGGUUCAUCGCACAAAGAGCCUCGUUGGGAAUUCUUGAGUGACGCACAACUUCAAGUCAUGCAAAGUUGGCGUGCGCCCGAAUAUCCCGGAGCUACUGAGAAAGUGUGGCGUUGUAACAAGUGCGAUUUAUACUACGGAGAUCCAACUACAAGAGUGACCAUGAUUAAACAUAUGAAAUCGCAUAGAAUCACUACUCCGACCGAAGGAAUUGACUUUAGCUAUGUCCAAGGCGUCGUCGAGAAACCGCCUCCAGCAACAAAGUUCUUCAUUACCCCUCAGAUCAAUAAGCCCUCAAAGUCAGGCACAACUCAGAAGUCUAAACCUUCUACCGAGUUGGGAUAUCGCUGUCGACAUUGCAAUGGCUCAAGUCGGACUUUCAUGUUGGACGGUGUCAAGCAGCACAUCAAAGUCAAGCACAAGAUCGAUUCUCCAGGUGAAGGGUCAGACUUUUGUAAGAUCAAGUAAUUCCAUCGCACUUUAAUUCUUCGUAGCCUCCUCUUCAUCUUUCGCUCUAUAUAUGCGACCUUUAACGCAUAACUACAGCGGUUACGUACGCCGUCUGCAUCCCUAGCCCUAAUGUUUAAGUAUAUAC